AUGGCAGGAAUACAACGAGCUCUCGAGUUAGGCGCAGUACCUGCUCAUGUUUCCAAUGUCUGUCCUCCAGGGACACGAGCAUAUUUACUCGAACUCGGAUGGCUAGAAUGUGACGAGGGGUUUGUAACAAGAGGUGGUAACACAUCGUUGAAGUCUACAGAAGGAGAGAAGUUCGUGAACAAACGAAGAGAGCUGCCAAUAUAUGCCAUAUUAAUUGAUCACCCUUUCGAAGGUGUAAUACUGUGGGAAACAGGAUGUGGGGUUGAUUAUCCUGAAGUCUGGGGUCCACAAGUAAUCGAUGUUUUUGCACGAAUUAAGUAUGAACCAAGACACGAAUUGAAAGCAGCAAUUGAAGCAACAGGACACAAAUUGGAAGAUGUCAAAAAAAUAAUUCUGGGUCACCUGCAUUUGGAUCAUGCAGGUGGAUUGGAUCAAUUCCUGGAGAGAAAAGAUGUCGAGAUUUGGGUUCAUGAUAAAGAGUUGCGUUCGGCAUUUUGGUCUGUUGCUACUGGUGCCGAUGUUGGAGUCUAUUUAAAACAUUAUUUGGAUCUAUCGUUGAAUUGGAAGACAUUCGAUGAGAGAACCGUCGACUUUUGUCAAGGAAUUACUCUCCAUCACCUUCCUGGUCACACAGAUGGUCUCGUGGGAAUGCAAUUGAACCUUCGGGAGACCGGAACAUUCUUUUUUAUCAGUGACCACUGUCACGUCAUUGAAAAUUGGCGAGAUGGAGUACCUCAAGGAUGGCUAGCACGAGAUCAUCCAGCUUGGUUCCAAAGCACCCAGCGAUUAAAACGAUUGGAAUCUACAACCAAAGGUCGAGUGAUACCAGGGCAUGAUAAAGAAACAUUUCUACAGCUUCAAGGUGAGAUGAAUGAUGGAAAAGGCUAUCUAGAAUAA